CUCGACUAUUAAGGUAAUUAGCCGUUGGCAGGUUCAGCCGCACGACAGCUUCGGAGUAAACCCACCAGCCGCUAGCGCUCGUGUCAAACUCCUCAACUCUUCCCUCGCACCUCGCACCUCGCACCCGUCGCAAGCAAUCAUAGCACAGAUUAUUGAUGGAACAAGUCGCAUAAUCUGAAACACAUCAUUUGGCACUAUGGCGGAGCACUCGUUAUCGCCCGGCACCUCUUCGGGGGCCUAUGUUGAUGCCGGGCGGCGGCUCCGACGAAGUACCCGCCUAAAGCGCCAGAAGAUACCAUGUGGUAGAAAUCACAAGACACAGCUGGCCUUUCCUACUUCCGUCAGUACCGGUAGGCUAAUCUGCAAAUCAAAUCGGCGAACUCACGCACAGGAGAGCCAGCAGCAGUGCAACCCCAGCACUGAUACCUUAACAAACACCGUUCGCCCAAGCGAUGUGAUCAGAAGUGACGCUUCCAACGAUAAUGGUGACAAUGUCACUUUGGCGGUCAAAGGCAAUGAGAAGCCACUUGAUGGAGCAACACAGAUCGUACUUGAAGAAUUGGCACAACUGGAGCUAUUCAUCAACACGUUCUUGCAGCCUAACCCUACGGAGCCGACCGUUGUUCACAUCUCACCACAGCACAGGAGCUUGCUCUACUACUUUCAACAUGAGCUAACCCUGUCCCUCUGUACCACUACAUACGGGCAACAGGAGUUCUGUGCAGCCGUGCUGCCAAUAGCGCAUAGCAGCCAGCCUACCCUUGCUGCUCUCCUUACACUGGCGCUAUCAUACCGAGCAUCAACUAGCAAAGAUUUGAAAGACGAGGAAGAAGCUACCAAGUUGAGCCUCAAGGCUAUUCACUGGCUCAGGGAGAGCCUCAAUAAACCACCGGAUGCUGACACAGCUGUGGCUUCCCUGGCAGCGAGUCUGUUGCUGUCACUUGCCAACAUGUUCGCAUUGAAGGCUCCUAAAAACUGGCACAUUUAUCUAGACGGUGCGCUUGCCUUGCGAGAGUACCUCGAAAAAUACCCUGUCACAACUGAAUCGGAAUGCCUUGCGCGCUGGUGUCACGGGUACAAGUUGAUAACAUUUAACAGCGACUCAGGCGACAUCAAUGCCAAGAGGGAGAACUAUCCAAUGACCUUUGUCAAUCAUAUCUGUCAUCUUACAGGGAUCUCUGUGGCACUAAGUCCAGUUCUGGAACUUAUUCGCGAAUUUUACCGGAAACACAAAGCCGAUCCGACUCUCAUACACGACAUAUCCAGCCCCGUAUACAUCAGUUAUAUUCGGCUGGUUAAAUUUAUAAACGUGCUGCUACACCGGCGUACGUGGACUAUUAUUUCUAACCCAUAUCUCUCCGCCCAAGCGAAUCAAGACCUUUGGCUGCUCGACGAAGCGUAUCACCAUACAGCGCUACUACAGCUACACCUAUGUGUACACACCGCGGAGAAGCCGCUCACCAGGGCUAUCCAAGCGUCUGUCAGGCGCAUUAUUGAGUGUAUUGGUGGUAUGAACUUUACGACAAAGCCAAACUAUGUGGCUUACACCCUUAACCCCCUCCGACAAGCAUGCAAAUCUGCCGUAACACAACAUGAUAAGGACAUGCUUAUCCAAAUUAUCGAAAAAGGACGACGAUCCGUUCCGUUAUCUAAUUUCACGCUGAUACAGAGAUAUUUACAAUAGCCAUUUGACCCGAGAACAGAAAUCUGGCAAAUUGGAAUGGGUUGGAUAUCGCACACCCACCAAAGACGGCCUCAACUUACCUUGGACGUACAGGAACUACCAUAGGGGAUAUAACACUCUUAAAUCCACGGUCGUAUGUACUAAAAAUGGAGUUCAAUUGCAAUAUAAGGACCUGUUUCUUUAUCGUUAGUCGUUAUUCUGAGGAUAUAUCCAUCACCGCGUUCCUCUCUUGCUCUAAUAUAUCAAUGGCCAAAGCCGCCGCGGUAGCUUCAGCCUCUUCUCUGCUCACACCGCCUUGAACUUCCACUACCAGUCGCUCCCCUAGAUACAACUCACAAGCAUACUCCUUCUCAUCACCCAUAGAGUCCACAAGUGUCGUGUUGUAUCUCCCGCGCUCACUUCCUGAAACGAUAGCGUAUUCUUCCUUGGGGUGCAGCAUCCGCACUUCGUCCGCAACCAUUCUAUCCAAGUGCUUCAUUAUACCAAGUCUCUCCACCAUUGCUUUGCAAGGGUCCAAAGAAUCGGAGUCUACCCAAAUCGCGCCAAGCAAAGAUUCAAAAAGGUCGGACAUGUACUUUGGCGCGUGUACCCGUGCCAAGAGCGGCCAUGGGAAUCGGCCACCAUAGGAGAGCUCCUUCGUUAUACUAUCUUUUAGGUUCAGAUACCGUUCCUUUGCUGCCGCUUGCUCACAGCCAAUUGACAUGGAACUGUGACGCAUAUAUGUCCAGAUCGAUGUUGUCUUUGUGAUUUCGACAAUCUCCGGCUGUCCAUCACUUCCAUUGACGACUGUCACGUCGCUUUCUUGACUUUCGUGCUCACCAAGAAUGAUAAAAGCGAGAAAGUCUUUAUUCACCAUAGCUGUUUUCAAGCUGUGCAUUUGGCUAUUCUUUAGCGGUGGGCGGACAUCGAACAACCGCGUCACAAUCAGCUUGUCCAGGAUCGCAUCCCCGAGAAACUCCAGGCGGUCAUAGGAGCGACUCUUAGCAUCCGCUCCGUGCGAUGCGUGAGUCAGGGCUUCCAUAAGAAGGGCUGGCUUUUUGAAGGUGUAGUCGAGAAUCGAUUGGAGAUUUUCAUAUAGGGGCGAUAAAACAACGUCGUCACGGGCCGCGUUGUACAUUAUCUCUCUACCCCUUUGGACACCGUCCCAAGUCGAAUCAGAGAUAAAGUAGGAGAUGCAUUUAAGAGCCGUGGAAACCCCGCCUUCGAGGUACGAGACGCCAAUAAGCGAUUCAAUAACAUCAGCUAGUACUUUUGUGGAUAGCUGCCUUGAAUGUUCUGGUAUUUCUACCUCUUUGAGUAAGUGCUCCACAUACAGUGGCCGCCAUUUGUCCCCGGUGAAUGGCUUGGCAAUUAUAUAUUGCGCAAGAUGAGUUUGAACGGCCGCUCGGCAAAGGCGUGAGUUUGAUACAAGACCAUCCUUAUAUGCUGACAGAUACCCUUCUGGCCAUUUUAAAUCUGUACCAUCUAGUCAGCUUUUGUCCUCGGUCACCGCUCUUUGGUUUGUUUAUGUCCUUACUGGCAGAUGCUGCUUGGAUUGUAGCACAGUAUUUAAGAAUGGCGUCACCUAAAAACUCCAGCCUUUCAUAAUCACACGCCUCGUUUGCACUUCUGGCACAGAUGGCUUCUCUAACCCGGGGGGUAUCAGAUAGAUGAAAAGAUGACCUCAAAGAACCAGAAAGCGUCAUUGCAAUCAGCUGUGUUCCUAGGGUGUGUAUGAGUGACGGUAUCAGCUUCCCGAACCGCGCAUGACGGAUCGGAACAGAGUCCAUGACAGCCCAAGACAACGGCAGCACCCUCUGAUAUGGCUUCUCCGACUUUGCGUCAUUCUCUGGAUCAGCCUUUAAACUAUGCAGCAUAUCGGUCCGCCGCGGCCACUUUUUAAGAAUAACAUAAGGUAUUCCUUCCGGAGCUUCACCAUACUCAUGAAAAGGCUUUUGUACGUCGGACAUAGGUGGCUUCUCGGAUAGGGUCCCAACAUAUGUGCAAGGGCUUCCGGAACUGUCUCUGAUGAGGAAGCUACCUGACCUUAUAUCGACAUUGUCAGAGUCGCAUGGCACGUUUCCAAUAUCUGACAAAGAGAAUCGUUCUUCAGGAAUCGAAAGCUGUAUGACUUGUGGAAUAUCCUCAAGCGUCCACCGAUGGCCAAAAUUAAGUGCCACAAGCAUCGGUGUGUCAUCCGCCAUUGCAUCUGAUUCAUCUUUCGAAACGCCUCGAGGGUUGCUGAAGACUAAUUUUGAGGUUAGCCCAUAAUCUGGAUAAAAGGUAAUGUCAGGUAUAUGUUCCAUGAAAGCUGGCAAAGUUAGUUGGUACUUUCCAGCCCAAAUGCCAUCCUCGUACCAAUCAACUUGGUAGACCCAACGUUCGCAAGAUUCCUUCCAUGCUUUUGCUACUAUUGGCCAAGGCUUCAUCAGAGGUAGAACACUGAUAACGGAUUCGCGCAUUUCACAUUUGAUCAAGUCAUUUGGACUAUGGGGGAGCAAAUGGCCAUUGAUCAGGCCUGCUUUGUGGAGGCCAAUUAAUGCGUGAAAAGCUGCAUCCUUAGUGGCCUGCUUUUCAGAAGUCCAAAACAGUUUUCCGUAUGUUUGACGCAACUCAUGAGGAACAAAGUUGGGCAAGAUAACCCUUGCUUUCACGCUAAGUGCAUGUCGCUCCAUAACGUACUGUGGUCGAUUAUCUGAGAGAUGCUUGGGCGCCAGAGAGCUGCAAAAGUGAUCCAAGUGCUGCUUUGCGUUAUCAUAGUCAAGGCGUGCUUUUGUGGUUGGCACCUCGUAGUAGUUUUGCACGCCAUCACUUUUGCUCUCCAAGUCUUCCAGCUGCCGUCUUUCUCGUUGGUCAUCUUGAUACAGCUCGUUCAUCUCCUCUUCUAGACUUUGCCACUGCUUGACUUUCUGUUCCGAUUGCUCUGUAAACAUCAAAAUUUUCGAGUCGUUCAUUCGCGCUCUUCCUCUUCGCUGAAUGAAAGCUUUUGGGGUAGCUGGAAAAUCGAAGCAGACUACCAAGUUACACGCAGGAACGUCGAUGCCCUCUUCCAAAACCGACGUUGCAAUGAGCAAGUUUAUCUCUCCAGCGCGAAACCGUUGCAAUACUUUGACGUCGUUUACAUGCGACAAGUCAUAAAUAUGCUGAUUGCCAAAGUUGGACGUUCCGAUGAUGGAGCCAAUUGAAUACCGUUUUCGAAUCUGAGGGAAUGAUGAUAGCAGCGCAGCCAUGACCGAGGUCGUCGCUCUUUCGCGGACGAAUAUGAUACCAACCGUAUCAUCCUCGCAAUUUAGAAGUUCCUCUAACAGCAAAAUAACUUUUUGGGAUAUGUCUUUUCUGCUUUGUGGUCGUACUGGAGGUUCCGAGACGUUAACCUUCAUCAGUUUAUCUGCGACAUAUCGCCUUUCGUCUCUAGAAGCAUCAUUCUGAUCUGUCACAUGUCUGUGAAACCUGUGUAAGAAUGAGGAUAUUGCCUCAUGCAAAAAGUAGUCUGCCGCCCAGGAUCCGAGCUGGCUUUGGAUAUCACAGCUGCGGUUGUUCAACCCGCGAAGCUCUGUCAUAGAAUAAGUAUUCUUUUUAAAAAUGACUUCUUCUAACGUCAGGCGAUUCGCGUCUGUUGGGUCUCGUUGAAGGGAUAUAACCCUCGGAUCGUUCAUAAUGUCCAGAUUUUCCAAUUCCGCCUUCAUGGAAAGCAUGGCUGAGGUGUACACUGUCUCUUGUAACUCAAAGCUGAAAAUCAAUAAACGGGGCUUCUUAACCCUCUCAAGUAGCUCGCUCCGAUGAAGACUAGGAGUUAUGCAUCUGGAAUCCAUUAAAGCUUCCAGUUCCUGAAGGUUCCUCAUUUUAAACUGCAUAAUAGGUGUUGCGGUUAGACCCAGUAUGGCAGGCGUCGUGAGGCCAGACUGUAGCGCAGGGUGGUAGAAGUCUGCCAUCACUUUUCCUCCAG